AUGCCUCGUCCCGGGAAAAACUCUUACAGCGACCAGAAACCGCCGUACUCCUACAUCUCCUUGACUGCAAUGGCCAUUCAAAGCUCCCAGGAAAAGAUGCUCCCCCUCAGUGACAUUUAUAAAUUCAUAAUGGACAGGUUUCCCUAUUAUAGGGAGAACACGCAGAGGUGGCAGAACUCCCUGAGGCACAACCUUUCCUUCAAUGACUGUUUCAUUAAAAUCCCCCGGAGACCUGACCAACCUGGAAAGGGCAGCUUCUGGGCCCUGCACCCUGACUGCGGGGAUAUGUUUGAGAACGGCAGUUUCUUACGGAGGCGGAAGAGAUUCAAGCUGAUGCGCUCCGAGCACGUGGCAUGCAAAAACUCCCCGAUGCUCCAUUACUUUCACCACCAGCACCAUCAGACCAAGCUGGCAAUCGGGACACCCGAAACCCCAGGAAGCGUGGGCAGACUCCCCCAGUUCCAGACCUACAGCAUCAACGGGGGGCAGUCGGGGGGAUUCAAGCAUCCGUUCGCGAUUGAGAACAUCAUAGGAAGGGACUACAAGGGAAUGAUGACAGGCGGGCUGCCCAUCGCCUCUGUCAUGCAUCACCUGGGCUACCCCGUGCCAACGCAGCUCAGCAGCGUGGUCAACUCCAUGUGGCCGCACGUCGGCAUGCUAUCAGAUUCCAUGAGCCCGGUGCCCGUCUCUUCCGACUACGGUCCUUUCGGGGUCCCCAUGAAGAGCCUCUAUCAUCCGAGCGGCCAGACCAUGCCAGCGGUCCCUGUUCCUAUAAAACCCACACCUGGGCUGGGGCAAGUCGCUGCACUCCCGGGCCUGACUCCCAGCCACGCGCAGAUCUGCGCCUCGAGCCCCUCCGCGCUGUUGGAGAAGACGCUGCCUGAGCUGGCGGAAGGAAAAGGCGCCGCCCUGCACCCAGCCCUUCUGCUAUCAUAA